UGGCCACCCAGCACAGAACAUGAGUCAGGUAACUGUAACAGAACGUUGCCUCUGAGCUCCGGUGAAUUUUGGACACGCAUCGACUCGGUUUGGGAGGCAGGGAGUGACAAACAUAUUUCUCUGAAAGGGAUUUUGCUGUACUCCCAUGUGUAUUUUAAAAACCUUAUAGACGUUUUAAGUUUCACGUUUUCGUGUGUCUGCUGCGCUGAUGUGACGAGUUUUGCGUUUCAAAAGCGGAUACAACGCUCAGGUGUUUGUUUUUCAUAGGUGGAUUUUCUGCCUUUUAAAAAAUUAUUCCUAAAUAGAGCAGCGACAGGAGGUUUUACCCUGCGGUAUAUUUCUUUAUUGCAAUACUCUUGUUUACCACGCCAGUUUUUUCUUUCUUUCGUUUUUAAAUAUUUAAUUUGCAACCACCGACAACGCCGAGUGGCCACGUUGGAACAAACAGAUUGAAGAUGGACGAGGCAGAGAAGUACACACAGAGACUGCAGGCGAUCACUGAGAAGCGUCGUCUGCAGGAGGAACAGGAGAGGGCCAAGAGGGAGAUGGAGGAGGAGAGGCUGAGGCUACAGCAGCUCAAGAGGAAGUCUCUUAGAGACCAGUGGCUGAUGGACGGCCCCUCUUCCCCCACAUCCUCAGAGCCUCGUUCCCCGCUGUGGGGCUCCCAGGCCCAGGAGAUGGAGCAACGCAUAGACAAGUUGCAGACAGAGAGUCAACGGUUAGCGGAGGAGGAGGAGAAACUGGAGCAGCAGAUGGAAGAUGGCCGAGCUAAUGCAGUGGCGGUGGUGGUGGAGGCUACAGCAGAAGCUGUCCAAGCAGUUAUCUUGGAGAAUGGACAGGAAGAAGUAGAGGCUGAAUCCGUUCUAGGAACAGUUGAGGCAGCACUAUUGGAACGAGCUGAGAUCCUCACCAAUGGGAGAGGAGAGGGGGAGGGGCAAGCUGCUACCCACGAUGCAUCAGAGGAGGGCGGACCGCCCAAUGGCACCAACGGUCCAGUCACGGUCGUCCCUGAAGAUGGUGCCAUUACCAUGACGUUCCUGGGGUUCACGGAGGCGGAGCCGGUACUUGAGGAAGGAGGAGUGAUCAUGAUGCGAGCGGAGCGAGUGAUUAUCAAUGACGAGGGAGACGAGCUGGCAAAUGACCUUUCCUCUACGGGUCAGGAACAGGAUGUAGACUCGGUAGCGUCCAAUAAGAGCUCAGAAUCUCCUGAGGAAGGAGGAAUUGAGGAGGCAAAACCAGAGACAACUCCUGAAGAGUCCUCAGAAGUAGCAAAAGAGACUGAGGCAGCGGCAGACACAGUAACAGGAGGUUUAGGAGAAGGACAGAUGGACACAGUAACCAGAGAUUUAGGAGAAGGACAGAUGGACACAGUAACCAGAGAUUUAGGAGAAGGACAGAUGGACACAGUAACCAGAGAUUUAGGAGAAGGACAGAUGGACACAGUAACCAGAGAUUUAGGAGAAGGACAGAUGCACACAGUAACAGGAGAUUUAGGAGAAGGACAGAUGGAGGGCGUGGCAAACGGUGGUGGAGAGGAAGAGGCACAGCCAGUAGAGGAAGCUCCUGUGUCUGACCUGCAGGCCCCAGAUGAUGGCGUUGUGGCUGCCGUUCCCGUCUACUCUGAGUCCUUACUCACCCCCAGGCCCGACGCAGAGGGAGAGGCUGCAGGUGAGCCGGCAGAGGGCGAUGUGGAAGUGAAAACUGAAGUGGAAGUCAAGGGGGAAGAGGCGGCCUCGGUGUCCCCGGAAUCAGCCAUCCUCCCUGGGGGCCAGUUCCUGGAGGUGUCCCUAGUGGAGCCCCGGACUGAGGCAGACCCUGAGCAGGAGCCCCUGCUGUUCCCAUCCAAGGCCCAGACCCUGGAGCAGGCUCCAGCCGCCCCAGAGACACUGACCGCUACCAGGGGAGAGGCGGAGGGAGGUGUCGGUGUGGCUCCCAAACGCCAGACCUGCCAGUGCUGCGCCGUCAUGUGAUCAAUCAUUUCGCUCUCUAUCUCUCUACCAAAUUCUCCAAUGCUUUCUCUUUGUAAUACUACAAGAGGGACUUGACUCUGCCUCUAACACUGUGAAUGAUGGGGGGGUGGUAAGAUGGUGUGUUAUUACUGAAGUGCCUUGUGGAUCUCCUUCCCUAUGAGUAUAGCUCAGUUACCCAUCCAGAGGUACCUGGGUUUUGUUCAGUAGGGUGAAGUGCUUUGAAAUGAAAAAUAAAGACCAGUGUUUUUCUUAUUGGACCAGGUUCAGGUAGGCCCACCCUGUUCAAGUCAUGAUUGAAUCCUGACCAGUACAGUAGGGAUGUGACAAAGGCCUGAGGAUUGUAUCAUGACCAGUACAGUAGGGAUGUGUCAGAAAGGCCUGUGGGUUGAAUCAUGACCAGUACAGUAGGAAUGUGUCACAAAUGAAACCCUAGUCCUUACAAAGUGCUCUACUGUUGACCAGGGUCUAUGGUCUCUGGUCGAAAGUAGGUCACUGAGUGUACAAAACAUUAGGAACACCUGCUCUUUCCAUGACAGACUGACCAGGUGAAAGCUAUGAUCCCUUAUUGAUGUCACUUGUUAAAUCCACUUCAAUCAGUGAAGAUGAAAGAAGGAUUUUUAAAAAUGUUUUAUCCUUGAGACAUGGAUUGUGUGUGUGUAGCAUUGAGGGCAAGACAACAUAUUGAAAUGUUUUUGAACAGGGUUUGGUAGCAGGUGUCAGGCGCACCGGUUUCAGUGUCAAGAACUGCAACGCUGCUGUGUUUUUCACAUGCAAUAGCUUUCUGUGUGGAUUAAGAAAGGACCACCACUCAAAGGACAUCCAACCAACUUGACACACCUGUGGGAAGCAUUGGAGUCAACAUGGGCCAGCAUCCCUGUGGAACGCUUUCAACACCAUGUAGUCCAUGCCUGGAAGGAAUUGAGGCUGUUCUGUGGGCAAAAAGGGGGUGUAAAUAUAUAUUAGGAAGGUGUUCCUCAUGUUUUGUACACCGUGUAUAUAAAGGGAAUAGUGGGCCUUUUUGGGUACACUUAUGUCUCAACUUGAUAGUCUACAUACAGUUUGAGAUCUUUAUUCCAUUGUCUUUCUAUUUGUUGUAUGUGUUAGCCUUCUUGCCUACUUGAGUGUUAUCAAGGUUUGUAAAGUUCCAUUAACUUUCAGAAAAUGCCCAGGUUUUCCAGAAAUCAAAAUUCCCAGGUUUUCCUGGUUGGAGGUUUUGGAUCUCCUGCCUAUUCCUUCCUGAUUCAGGGAAUCUUCCAACCGGGAUUUCUGGAAAGUGGCCAGGAUUUUGCAACCUUACCGUUUGAAUCUUAUUUUGGUCCAUUAUCAAUUGUUAAAGGGAAAGUAUGUUUUUAUAUCUAAAUGCAUUUUAUUUUAUCGGUGUAUUUUCCAUAGAACACACACAGUGCUCUGGCAUGUAUAUAGCUACCAUGAAAUCAAGCAGCAGUGGGGUUUAUGUAUAGAAUGUAUGUUUUCUCAACAGGAUACUUUUGAACCAAUCAAUAAUGAUUAAACUGACAUUUGUGAAAUAUUA